AUGGAGGCUAGGGAUGUUAAGUUGCUUCCAAAAUAUGUCCGAGGGGAGCUUGUUAUUCAUCGCACAAUAUGGAAAAAGAUCAAUGAGAGAAUUAUGGUUGCAACUGUGUCACUCAAGAAAAUUGAAAGUGAACCUCAUUAUAGUCAAGACUUAAUUAAGGCCUCAAAAAAUUUGAAUAAAACUUCUACUGAGGCUGACAUUCACUUGAUAGUUGAAGGCGUGUUGCAAAAAACCAGUGAAAACAUCUUACGACCGUCUUCUUCUAAUUCCACUGUCACUACUACCAAUGCCGCUCAGGCGCGAAUGAGAUCUGCAAAGAGGUCGUUUUUUUUGUCUAGAUAUACAAGAAAGCCACAUUUGAAGGGUUUUAAAGGCAUUGGGGAAAUCUACAGUCAAGAGUUUCUCUCGGGCGUUACACAGGUCGGAAUAACGGAAGAUCCAACAAAAAAGAUGAAGAAAGCGGAAGGAGCACGCCAUCACGACAAUCUAGACCCAGGAACUGCCGUCAUAGUGGUGGAAACAAAUCUCGUUUCAUGGGAAGGGGACUACGUUAGAAAUUCUGAUUUUCAAAGGAGAGAACGCGUAUGGGUGGCUCGUCCGUGUUGA